GCGAGCCCUAGGUAUUCCGUACAUUAGGCGAUAAACCCUCUCGCUUCCCGCUAGAGCCCCACCAUUCCAAACUUGGAUUAGCGGUCUUCUCCCACGGUGCACACUCUGCGAUUGUGUGCCCGAUAAUUUUCAUCAUCCUGUGAUGAACCUUUUCAUAUUUGCGACCCUCAACAACAACCGCGACUACUAACCAACAACAGCGAGGAAUAAUCCAAUAGGUCUCAGACGCAUUUCCCCAUUGCGCUCUUGAGCUAUUUAAUUCCUCCUUCUUUCUCUUCUUUCCACAUUCCUUCUCUUCACCUCGCGAACUACCGUGGUGACGAUCCGGAAAGAUGUCGUCCUUCGAGCCUGUUGUCGUCAUUGAUGGCAAGGGUCACCUUCUCGGUCGACUUGCCAGUAUCGUCGCGAAGCAGCUCCUCAACGGUCAGAAGAUCGUCGUUGUCCGCUCCGAGGCCCUGAACAUCUCGGGCGAAUUCUUCCGCUCGAAGCUCAAGUACCAUGCCUACCUUCGCAAGAUGACCCGAUACAACCCUACCCGAGGUGGUCCCUUCCACUUCCGUGCCCCUUCAAGGAUCUUCUACAAGGCCGUCCGCGGCAUGAUUCCCCACAAGACCGCCCGAGGCGCCGCCGCAUUGGAGCGACUCAAGGUCUUCGAGGGUGUUCCUCCCCCGUACGACAAGCAGAAGAAGAUGGUUGUCCCCCAGGCUCUACGUGUUCUCCGAUUGCAACCCGGCCGAAAGUUCUGCACUGUUGGCCGUCUGAGCCACGAGGUCGGCUGGAAGUACCAGGGUGUUGUUGAGAGACUUGAGGAGCGCAGAAAGGCAAAGGGUGCCGCGUACUACGAGCGCAAGAAGCUGGCGCUACGACAACAGUCUGAGGCCAAGAAGAACGCCACGGUCGACAGCAAGACGGCUGAGGCCCUCAAGUCUUACGGCUAUUAAUUGUUUCUUCAUCCUUCUGCAUUUUUUCCGGGUAACCAAAACAAAUACCAGGACAACUCCGUCUCAUAUUGCAACUAGAUCCGGCGUGUGGGUUAGGGAAACUUGAUCAUAUUUGCUCUUGUCAUACUGCGCAAUUCGAGGGAAGGCAGGGGCGGUCAUAGGGUUGGGGAUAUGCUCACCGGCUCUAGUCCUGUGUUCUACGAAUUCGUCGUCUAGACACCGAAUGAGAAAAACGAACUCAAGAAAGAGAAUCCUUGUGAUACUGGACUGUGAUGUGUUUUACGUAAUUUCGUCAGGCUAGCCACGCCAUUAGGUAAUUACACUAAUGGUUUUAGGUAGACGACUCUCAUAGGGAAGCAAAUUGGUACUCCGGUCGAUUUAGACGCUUCCGUAUAAGUUUCCGGUCCA